AUGGAUCUUAAAAAGGCAGUUGUCAAAAAUGCUGACAUGUCAGAGGAAAUGCAACAGUACGCAGUGGAUAUUGCUGCUCAAGCGAUGGAAGAAUAUAAUAUUGAGAAAGAUGUUGCCACCUUCAUUAAAAAGGAAUUUGAUAAGAACUAUGGACCAACAUGGCAUUGUAUUAUCGGGAGAAAUUUUGGAAGCUAUGUGACGCAUGAAGUGAACCAUUUUAUAUACUUUUACCUACAAAAUGUUGCUAUUCUUCUGUUCAAGUCAGGUUGA